AUGCUGAAGUACCAAGUGAGGGCGUCUUCGCACUCCUCGCGGCCGUUGUACAGCGUCAGCCCGACGUCUUCCACAGCCUCAUCGUCUUUCCACGACGCCUCGCUCACCAGCCGAAGCAAUUCUCUCGUCUCCCUCAACUCCAUCGACAGUUGCGGUUCCGACGCCGACAUCGUACGUUUCUUGCGCCAUUUCAACGGAUAUUCUGCUCAUUUUUGCUUUAUUUUUGAAAAAUAUAGAAAAUGCAAGCCAGGGAAACAGGAGUUUUGAAUAAAGAGAGUUAUCGGAAAGAUGCCGGAAAUUUCCAAAAAAGGAUCUCUUUAAGGGUGGAAAAGGUUUUUUUAGUGCAUUUUUGAGCUAUUUUAUCAGCUCUCAUGUAUCAUUUCAUCUGGCUUUCUUCUCAUUUGCAUUCUUUUUUUGAGCCUCAACAAUCCUAGCAAAAAUAAAAAGCUUUUUCUGCCCUUUUGACAUGUUUUUCUCUGUUUCAUAAUAACCUAGCUAAAAUUUGAGAAAUAAAAGAAAUAUAAAAAAAUUGUAGUAUUUUUUUCAAAUCUUAAAAAAAGUUCUCAAAUUUUGCAAGUGAACAAUUGAAUGUUUCGAAAUUUUCCAGAGAACAUUUUUUAAUCUCCCUUUCUUCGUAAUCCUCUACGUCAAACUUUGAUAUAAGAACUUUUUCCUUUAAUCUUUUCUCCCUGCAAUUUAGAGAAGUACUUCCUUCAUUUUCCUUUCUCAUAGUCACUGCGAAUGAUUCACAAAUUCGCGUGGGCUUUUUAUCUUUCACUCGUUAUCGCGGUAUCAUCGUUCUUAACACUCAUUUUCCCAUGGGACACUUUUUGAUUUACAGUUCAAAACAGGUCUCGAAAAACCUUUUCAUUCAAAAAAGGAUAGAAAAUGCAAAUUCUACCCAAUUUCCUCAAAUGUGGUUUGUUUACGGGAAAAAUUCGGUUACUAAGAGGGCAUUGAGCGGAGGAAAAAAACAAAACAACUGGAAAAUGUCGCGUUUUUUCCCAGAUUUCCAUCGGUCGUACCACUUUUUCUGAUGAAUUAAUGUUGCUUUUGAGGUUUUGUUAGUGGUGCGAUGUUUUUUUAAAUUUAGAGAUAAACGAAUGUUUUUAGUUGGGCCUAAUUUUUUAGGUGUAAGGUUUACUUGUGUUAAGUAUAUUUAUAAAACUUUACCUGGACCUAAAUUGGAAUAUAUUUCGAUGACCUAACCUAUAAAAUCUCGGAGCUGCUUUUUGGAAGAAAGAAAAGGACGACCGCCGCCGUCGGCCUUUCUUUUUUUGUUUUGAUGGACUUCACCUUGAAGAUUUGGCAGGUGUCCGCCAGUUUUUCCUUUGUUUUAGAGCCGGUUUAAAAGUCUAUUCAUCUUUUUAUCUUCGAAAAAAAAAAAAAUUGAAAAGGUCAUUUUCUAGAGUACCUAGAAAAUUGAUUAACCGCUCUAAAAUACUCCGCCUCGCUCUUCUCAAUAAGCAAUAAAGGAAAGAGAAAAAUGAUUAAUGGGAAAAAUAGCGUGGAAAAUCGAUCAGCGUCCCAAAAAUUCUGCCGGUUCUUUUUUUUUCAUACUAGACCUACGAAACGCCGCGUCGUUUAUCAAAAAUUUGGUACAAAAAGAACGGAAAUUGAGCGGUUUUGAACCGUCUGACGUUCUGUUUGAUGGAUGUCCAUAACUUACUGGAAAAUCGGGUUAUUUUAGCAUUUUUCAUGAAGUCGGUAUUGAAUGAAAAAGAAAAUUUUUAAAAAGUACUCAUCUGGGGGAAAAAAUUCAAACAAAGGCCUGAAAAUCAUGAAAUCUUGAGCUUGCUUUUGUUUACUAAAUAGGGAAUUUUCCUGAUUAUGAGAUAUUACAGGGAGCCCUGAAGAUCGACACGAGCAGGAUCAAGCAGUGCACGGACUACAAGACGAUCCGCGUCUCGACCAACACGCCGACCAAGACCGUCAUCGAACAAGUCCUCAACAAGUUCAAGCUCACCUGCCGCGACACGAACCUCUUUGAGCUGUGGAUGGAGGUCUCUUUUUUUUUCUUCAUUGAGGAAAAGCUUUUCGGGUUGCCGGUAUAGCCUAUGUAACGCGACUUGGAAUUUCACCAAACGACAUUCCGCCGUUCCGCUGCGCGCCUUUGCGAACCUUGGUCGCGCUUUCAAUUGUUUUCUCUGUUAAGAUACUCUACUUUCAUGUUCUCCCACAUCAACAACAAUCAAUUGAAAGCCUGACCUAGCAUCAAAAGACGCUUCGCGAACGCACGCAGCGGAACAGCGGAAUGUCGUUUAACGAAAUUUCAAGUCGUGGAACACAGAUUAUAGUUAAUAUAGCAAUAUUUUAGUUAAAGUCCUCCUUCUAAUAUUGCUUGGAAGUUUCAGAUCAUUACCAAAGCCGACGGGAAGCCGGUAAGGACACUGAUGAAGCUCGACUCGGAAUCUCGACCUCUGGAACUGCAAAGGUGUGCAAAUCUCAGUUACAGCAACAACUCUUUAUUUUCUCUCAGGUGCCACCCGGCUGGAAUGUCUCGUUUCGUCCUACAUAUGAACUCGACCGGCACGCUCGUCAGGGUUUACGAUCAUAAUAUUUCACCUCAGGUUCGAUUUUUUAUAUGUUUUACCUACAAGGAGUUAUUCGUGUAACGAAUUUCAAAAAUUGAAAAAAUGAUUGAAAAAUGGCACUGUAGUAAAACAGAAAUUGAAAGCUUCGAAAAAAGGCGUCUCUGUUUUAAAUUAUCUAUUUUCUCUUUUAAGAAAUUUUUCUAUGAUAAGAAUAUUGCACUCAUUUCUUGGGGAAAAUUGCUCGACAGACAAAUUUUCUUGGCCUUCUAGAAUUUUUCAAAUUUUAAUAAAAAUGCCCUCCCUUUUUUAUGCUGUUUGAAGGGUCGUUUUAUAGAAGACUUCUAGAAUCUUCUCCUGGUAAAUCCAAGGUUUUCUGGACUUUCUUAAAAUAUCGAAGGGAACAGUAAAAGGAACGUGUAACCUUUCAAAUCCUUCCACUCCUCUGAAUGAUCAUUUUUCCCUCCACGAAUACCACAAUUUUUCUUGGCGCAGAGACAAAAAUCCGCCCGUAAAUCUUAUUUUGCGCCUGCAGCCAGCUGCCGCCUUCUAGGGAGAACUGUCAGCUCGCAUUAAUUUGGGAACCGAGGGAUAGGUUGGCUGGAUUGUCCUUGGAGGUUCUGCGUUCUUUUCCCUUCUUUCACAGUUGGAAUAUGGACGGAAACAAAAGAUGGACGCCUUUUUUUCCCACCAGAGCGCUUGGUUUUGUUCGUUUCAAAUGGGAGAAUUCAGAUGCGAAAUAUUUUCCCUCCCAAGUUCUAGAUCCGAUUCAACCUUGUGAAUUCAGACUUAGAUAUGAGCAUUUCCGUAUAUCCAGGUCUCAGUGGGAUUCAAGUUAAUUUUUUGUAAGGCUUCGAGGCAGAUUCAUUGGCAUUUUCUUUUCUCGACAAUAGUUUUAUGGCUUCUAGGAAAAAAAUUUCUGAAUAUUUACAAAAAGAAAGUGAUUUUUUUGAGUUUCAAACCUUUUUCCAUACAUUUUUUUCCUAGUUAGUUUUUUUGAAAAGAGAAAAAAAUUGUUUGGUUGUUUUUUUCAACUGUUUUUGAUACGAUUAUCCGGUUUGAUCCGCCGAUUUGAGGUUUUUUUGUGUCCACGUUUAAAGGGAAUUUUUCGCAUUAUGUGGGAGUUUUGAAAAAACGGUUAAUCACAGAAAAAAAAAUCCACUUCAAAAAAUAAUAAGAACCAUGAAGUUCAUAGGUUUGGACUUUUUUUUUUUUGAGCUCAAGUUUCGAGAGUGAAUAGUUGUGAACGGAAAAAAAGAGGACGCGACAGAUAAAUAUCGAGUGCGAACUUGACACAGUUUUUUUCAACAAAGUUUUUCUUUUUAUUAUUGAAAAAAAGGAAGUUUUUGGUCUCGACGACUGUUUUUCACAUCUUGAGCUGUUCUCGUUCUUCUUGUAAACUUUGUGAACCUUCAAUCAAAUUCAAAAAGUUGUAUCUGCAGUAUAAGAAGAACUUAACUUACGAAACAACUUACAAGAAAUUUUUAUUUAAUUGUAAAGUUUGAAAUCCCCUGAAAAUUGACCAGAGCACACCUUGAUGUGAAUGAGGAUGAUUCCAAGAUUCUCAGCCUACAAAAAUUCCUAGAUUUCGAGGAAUAAAGGCUAAAAGACCGAUUAAAACGGAUUUCGUGAAGUGAUUUUUCAUUUUUCUGAAACUAGGAAUUUUUUCAGGCCAAUGAUUUUAAUUAGAAACAAGAAAAAGUGUUCUAGAAAAUAAGAAAACCGCAAAGUGAAAUGACCUGUUUAUGAGUUCUUGAUAUGGCACGACUCUACGAAACUUCUUGAACUCAACGCUAUCAAUUUUCAGUCCAACUACAAGUCGUUGAUCUUGUCCAGUUUGACGACGGCAGACGAGGCGAUCCACUUGGUCCUGGCGAUGAACCGAAGACACAAUGACGACUCCACCUACGGACUUUUCCUGACGGCGCCCGACGCCGAAGCGCAGAUUCCUGGCGACGUCAGUUUCCGGGAACUUCUGGAAACCCUUCUCAAUCCGAAGUUUUCAGGUCUCCCUGGUCUCGAUCGCCUCGAUGUGCAAAGCAGAACACAAGAUUGUCAUCCGACUUGUCAACUCGUUAUGA